AUGGCUUCCUAUCAGCAAGAUGUGCUUAUUGCUCUCGCAUUACAAAACCAAGCUAUUGCUUUAACGUUAUUAAGAGAAAGAAAGAAACGGCGUUCGGUUUGGGUAAGAAAAUUAUGGAAGCAGCGUGAACGUCAGGGGCAUUAUGAUAACCUGAUUCAAGAAAUGAGGGUACAAGACCAUUCAAUGUACUUCAAUUAUUUCCGAAUGCUUCCUUCGACAUUUGAUGAUUUGCUUGGACUUGUAGGCCCAUCUUUGGUCAGAAAGACAACAAACUUACGGAAGCCGUUGCCUCCACAGUUAAGAAUGGCAGUAGCUUUACGAUACCUGGCAACUGGAGAAUCUCAAGCUUCACUUUCAUUCAAUUACAGAAUCGGGAGGUCUACAGUAUGCCAAAUACUUGACGAGGUGCCAGAAAAAAUUUGUGAAGCACUGAGCCCUCUUUCUGUGGCCCAACCAAACACUCCUGAAAACUGGAAACGCCUGGCUGACGACUUUUGGAAUUUGUGGGGUUUUCCUUUGUGUUUGGGGGCUAUAGAUGGCAGCACUGCGUAA